UUUUACCAUAAAUACUUUUGUUAAUAUGAUAUAUAUUGACUAUUUUACACAUUAUUUUCCAAAAUGUGCUCCUUAUUGACGAAUUACAAAAUUAAAAAACUCUUAUCUAUUUUAACAAUAAUAAAAUCUUUAUAAGAGGGAUUUUGCAGUGAGAGCUUUUCUUACUAUACUUUAGUACAUUUAGCUGAUACUACUUCUGUACUUUUAUUUAAGUAACAUGUUCAACUCGGGCUUUUACUUGUAAUGGAGUAUGUUUAGACUGUAGUAUUAGUACUUUUGCCACCACUGAUUUUGCUGCCUAAUUUAUCUCAACUCUCGCGAUAUUUCCGAUAGCCCUUGAAGGCGGCAUCGUGUCGUGCCCUGUCUCGGCAGCAGAUGGCGUCCUUGCCCCGCCCCCCUCCUUACGCUGCUCUGAGACCGCUGAGUCACAUACAUUAGCCAGAGCCAGAUAAAUUGAUACUGUGCGAAACGAGGGGCUACUCUGGAGAAAUUGCCGUUGUGUGUACACUGACUUUGAACCAGCUGCCUCUGACACCGCUUCGAAAGAUGCUGAUAAUAACACUGAAGACCCUCCAACAGCAGACGUUCAAAAUAGAAAUAGACCCAGAACUGACGGUGAAAGCCCUGAAAGAGAAAAUAGAGAAGGACAGAGGGAAGGAUGCAUUUCCUGCUGCAGGACAAAAACUCAUCUAUGCAGGCAAAAUUCUUAAUGAUGACACCCCGCUGGAAGAAUACAAAAUCGAUGAGAAAAACUUUGUAGUAGUCAUGGUAACGAAGCCUAAACCAGCCCCCCCACCACAAGCAGCCCCUAAGCCAACUCCCCAACCAGCAGCGGCUCCAGCACCAUCCUCCGCCGCAACAUCCGUGCCUCCCACACCCACACAUUCAGUGUCUGCAGCCACACCUGCCCCACAGUCCGCGCCUCCCUCUGAAUCACAGCCCCCAGUCCCAGAAAACACCUCCCUUGCUCCUGUUGAAGCUCCAGACUCAAGUACAGCCUCAGCUCCAGCCCCUACCCCAGACUCUACUCCAGCUUCAGAGGCUGUGCAGACGGCCCAGGCCUCAGCCCCUGCAGAUCUACCCCCCUCUUCUGCCAAGCCAGAAGAAAAGCCAAGAGAAGACCCUGAGGAGGAAUCAUCCGCCACGGCACCCAUCUCCUCCAGCCUCAUUGAUGAACUGGAUCUCCUUGAAGAAGCAGCUUCAAUACUUGUGACAGGUCCAGCCUAUGAGAACCUGGUGUCAGAGAUCAUGUGUAUGGGUUAUGAGCGGGAGCAGGUCGUGGCUGCGCUCCGAGCCAGCUACAACAACCCCGACCGAGCCGUGGAGUAUCUGCUCAUGGGUAUCCCAGAAGCCACUGAGCUGCCACCUCCAGAGCCAGUAAGACAGAGUGCUCCCGCCAAUCCCCCCGCCCCGGCUACACAAGAACCACAACCGCCGCCACCAGCCCCAACCACAGGGCCAGUGUCUGGCAGCCAGCCCCCCUCUGCUGGGGGGGGUGCUGUCCCCACAGGGAACCCUCUGGAGUUCCUGAGGAACCAGCCUCAGUUCCAGCAGAUGAGACAGAUCAUCCAGCAGAACCCGGCCCUGCUCCCAGCCCUUCUGCAGCAGCUGGGCCGAGACAACCCGCAGCUGCUGCAGCAGAUCACGCAGCACCAGGAGCGUUUUGUGCAGAUGUUGAACGAGCCAAGACCUGGAGACACGGAAGGGGAGGGAGCCGAGGGCCAGGGGCCGCCACAAACCAACUACAUCCAGGUCACCCCCCAGGAGAAGGAGGCCAUCGAGAGGUUAAAAGCGCUGGGCUUCCCUGAAGGCUUAGUCAUCCAGGCUUACUUCGCCUGCGAGAAGAACGAGAAUCUAGCAGCUAACUUCCUGCUACAGCAGACAUGGGACGACGAGUAACCCGACAUACCUGACACUUCACCAACAGAGGGCAGCAGAGUCCAUGACAGCCAAACACAAGGUCCAUCAGGGAGGAGCAAGAGCAGGAGAGGAAGGGCAUAUUUCUGUUCUCGCCAUGGGACUGAUGAUGAAGGGGGGUGAAUGUGACGACAUGCUCAAACUGUGCCUCACUGCUGCUAUCAUUACCGCUGCUGCUUGUACCCAGUGAUCAUACUGAGAGAACAGUCUGCAUCACCUUCACAAGAGUCGCCUAUAGAACAUGUUAAACUUACUCUGCUGUACAUAUACAGUGCACACUCCACAGGGUGCAUCUGUUGUGAAUAUAUUCAUGACAUAAAUGGGAAUUUGCGAACCCUCCAUGUUGGGUUUAACUGGAAAUGUGAUGCAAACUGUUAACUGUUUGAGAGCUAGCAUUGCUUUAUAUUAAAGUUCAGGUCUGAUAGUUUUAUCAUCAUUUAUUGUACUUCUUUAAUACUUGGUUAAAAAUCGUAUGCAGUUAAAAUAUCACAGACUCCAAAUAGCACAAAUUCUGAUGUAGUGUAGAUCUUUCAUAACCAGUCAGAAGUUGUUCUGUGGUUCUAUCCAAGGAAAAGGAUAACUGCAAGGGGAUUGAAAAGGUUGCAAGAGUAUUUAACUACCAAAAAUAAAAUAAAAUGUUUAGACAAUAACUACAAAUUGCGACUUACAAUUAAUAAGUCAAAAUAAGAUCUGAUGUUGUAUUUAACACAUUUUAACAUAUUACUUAAAGGGGCCCUAUUAUGCUUUUUCUUGUUUUCCCAUUUUUUGUGCAUGUAAAUGGUCGGCAAAGGCUAAAAUCCCAAAGUUUAUCUCCCACACACUCCCCCCGAAACACUUUGACUAACUCUCGUUACAUAGUGACAUCACUAUGUAACACUCACAGUUCUAUUGGCGAGCACUCCACCACAUUGUACGUAUUACGCUAAGGGGCGGGACAUCUCUAAGUGGUUGACCAACAGAGCCACCCAGCUAACCAAUCAGAGUGGACUGGGCUGUGGUUUCAGACAGAGGGUGAAAAGAGGUGCUGCAGCACGGGCAGUAAGAGAAAAAUAAAGAGCUUUUUGAACAUUAAAGCAUGAUAACAUAUCACAGUAGAGGCACAAAAUACAAAUAUGAACCUGAUAAUAGGGCUCCUUUAAUAAGAAAUACCUAUUAUAUCAGACUUGAUUUUGAGAUACUUUCAUUGGUUUGACUAUAUUUAUUUAUUUUUUGAUCUGUUGUUGAUCCUUACUUUUUCUUUUAUUGUGGAAGAAAUUUGGCUUAUAAAAACGAAGACAUUUAAAGCUUGGUAUAAUCUGUCUCCUUGCACUCUAUUUAAAACAUAAUGAAUCAAUUGUUCAGUGAAGUCACAGUAUAUGAUGAUUGCUUGUCGUCCAAAUUAUGUGUGCUGUAAUGUUUUGUCAGAGAAGGAAACACUGAGCUUGAAUUGUCACUAGGGUUUUCUUGUGUGGAGAGUUUGUUUUUCUUGAGUUUGGUUUUUUAUUUGAAGAUGAAAGAAUUUGAAGAUUGAUCAUGAUGUGCAAUAUAGCAUGUUUUUAGCAUAUUUGAUUCUGAAAAAAGAAAAGAAAAGCUGUGUCCUUAAAAUUGUAUUUGUUGGAAUGAUCAAAUAUAGUCCAUUUUUAGCAUUGCUAAAUUUGCCUUGGUUUUUAAAGACUUCAACGUGUUUAUUUUUCAAAUGGAGUUACAUAGUUUACAAUAAAAUGUGUUGGAUAGACAAAUGUUGUAGGAUCCGUGAUCAUAAUAACAGUUUUGAUUAUUUAUAAGUAAUUGUUUCAAAAGUGGGCUAAAGGGAAUUCAAAUAAGUGCUGGAUGCCAACACCAUUUUUAAUCUUUCAGCAUGUAUUUUGAUGUCUCUCCUUUUAGUUGUCCUUAUUGUGUUUAAACUGGACAUUACUGGAGGUUCUGUAUUAUAUGGUAAAUGGGUUAUAAAACUGAAAAAAAUGCACUUUACUGUGACAUAUGCUGUUAUUAAUGCUGGACAAUAUGCUGUUGUUGCAUGAGAUGGUUGCAGGUAUUUAUAGCAUGGCAGUGGGUUGGAACGAGGAAAGCAGCAGUGUGAUGAUGCUCUGAUCUCAGUUCUCAGUUGUUUUUUCUUUUAGGUUUACAAAAUACAACUUUAAAGACACAACCUAAGGUAUUGCUAAAUAGUUGUGGAAAACUUUUGUUAAAGCUUUGUGUAAAAUAAAUGGCUUUUACAAAGCG